UCUGGCGGCCUGAUCGGGCUCAUGAAGGACGCCUUCCAGCCGCACCACCACCACCACCACCACCUCAGCCCCCACCCGCCGGGGACCGUGGACAAGAAGAUGGUGGAGAAGUGCUGGAAGCUCAUGGACAAGGUGGUACGGUUGUGUCAGAACCCAAAGCUGGCGCUAAAGAAUAGCCCACCUUAUAUCUUAGACCUGCUACCAGAUACCUACCAGCAUCUCCGCACUAUCUUGUCAAGAUAUGAGGGGAAGAUGGAGACACUUGGAGAAAAUGAGUAUUUUAGGGUGUUCAUGGAGAAUUUGAUGAAGAAAACUAAGCAGACCAUAAGCCUCUUCAAGGAGGGGAAAGAAAGAAUGUAUGAGGAGAAUUCUCAGCCUAGAGAGAAAACAAGGACGUCUGCUUUCACUGCUUCCAUUCAACAUGAUUUCUGUUCAGCAUAUGAAGUUCUAGCCAGAGUAAUUAAGCAAAAAAAAAGAAAAGCACCUACAUGGAAAAGGAAGAGGCGAAACCUGACCAAACUGUCCCUGAUCUUCAGCCACAUGCUAGCAGAACUAAAAGGAAUCUUCCCAAGUGGACUCUUUCAAGGAGACACGUUUCGGAUUACUAAAGCAGAUGCUGCAGAAUUUUGGAGGAAAGCUUUUGGGGAAAAGACAAUAGUCCCUUGGAAGAGCUUCAGACAGGCCCUUCAUGAAGUACAUCCCAUCAGUUCUGGGCUGGAAGCCAUGGCUCUGAAAUCCACUAUUGAUCUGACCUGCAAUGAUUAUAUAUCAGUUUUUGAAUUCGACAUCUUUACAAGACUCUUUCAGCCUUGGUCCUCUUUGCUCAGGAACUGGAAUAGCCUUGCUGUAACUCAUCCUGGUUACAUGGCUUUCCUGACAUAUGAUGAAGUGAAAGCGCGACUCCAGAAAUUCAUUCACAAACCUGGCAGUUACAUUUUCCGGCUGAGCUGUACUCGUCUGGGUCAGUGGGCUAUUGGGUAUGUCACUGCUGAUGGGAACAUUCUCCAGACAAUCCCUCACAAUAAACCUCUCUUCCAAGCACUGAUUGAUGGCUUCAGGGAAGGCUUCUAUUUGUUUCCUGAUGGACGGAAUCAGAAUCCCGACCUGACAGGCUUAUGUGAGCCAACUCCUCAAGACCACAUCAAAGUGACCCAGGAGCAAUAUGAAUUAUACUGUGAGAUGGGCUCCACAUUCCAACUGUGUAAAAUAUGUGCUGAGAAUGAUAAAGAUGUGAAGAUUGAGCCCUGUGGCCACCUCAUGUGCACAUCCUGUCUAACAUCCUGGCAGGAAUCAGAAGGCCAGGGCUGUCCUUUCUGCCGAUGUGAAAUUAAAGGUACUGAGCCCAUUGUGGUUGAUCCCUUUGAUCCUAGAGGAAGUGGCAGUCUGUUGAGGCAAGGAGCAGAGGGAGCUCCCUCCCCAAAUUAUGAUGAUGAUGAUGAUGAACGAGCUGAUGAUUCUCUCUUCAUGAUGAAGGAAUUGGCUGGUGCCAAGCCUACUUGGACAAGCUUAUCAGCUAUUCAUCACCCUGCUGUGGGCAGGGAAAUGGAAAAGGUGGAACGACCUCCUUCUCCAUUCUCCAUGGCCCCACAAGCUUCCCUUCCCCCAGUGCCACCACGACUUGACCUUCUACAGCAGCGAAUAUCUAUCCCUUCAAGUGCUUCUGGUCUUGGAACUGCUUCUAAGGCUCCUCCUGGCUCUCUUCAUAAGGACAAACCAUUACCAAUACCUCCCACUCUUCGAGAUCUUCCACCGCCACCUCCUCCAGACCGGCCGUAUUCUGGUGGAGCAGAAACCCGGCCUCAGAGACGCCCCUUGCCUUGUACACCGGGUGACUGUCCAUCCAGAGACAAACUGCCCCCUGUCCCCUCUGGCCGCAUUGGAGAAGCGUCAUGGCUACAUCGGCCAAUCCCCAAAGUACCAGUAGUUGCCCCAAACCCUAGUGACCCCUGGACAGGGAGAGAAUUAACCAACCGGCAUUCACUUCCAUUUUCAUUGCCCUCACAAAUGGAACCCAGAACUGAUAUGCCUAGGCUCGGAAGCACAUUCAAUCUGGAUACCUCCAUGAAUAUGAAUAGCAGCCCAUUAGCAGGUGCAGAGUGUGAGCAUCCCAAAAUCAAACCUUCCGCAUCUGCCAAUGCCAUUUAUUCUCUGGCUGCCAGACCUCUUCCUGUGCCAAAGCUGCCCCCUGGGGAGCAGUGUGAAAAUGAGGAGGAUACAGAGUAUAUGACUCCUUCCUCUAGGCCCGUGGGACUUCAAAAGCCAGAAGUGAAGUGGCCUCCAGAGAUAGCGCAGAGUUCACGAACAUGUGACUGUGACCAGCAGAUUGAUAGCUGUACAUAUGAAGCCAUGUAUAAUAUUCAGUCCCAGGUGGCGCCAUCUGUCACAGAGAGUGGUACGUUUGGUGAAGGGAAUUUGGCUGCAGCCCAUGCCAACACUGGCCCUGAGGAAUCAGAAAAUGAAGAGGACGGGUAUGAUGUCCCCAAGCCACCCGUGCCUGUGGUGCUGGCCCGCCGCACGCUCUCCGACAUCUCCAACGCCAGUUCCUCCUUUGGCUGGCUGUCCCUGGAAGGUGAUCCCCCAACACACUUCACUGAGAGUGCCCAGGUUCCUGAGAGGCCACCCAAGCCAUUCCCUCGGAGAAUCAACUCUGAACGGAAAGCAGGCAGCUGUCAGCAGAGCAGUGCUGCCACCUCGGCCGCCGCCUCCCCGCAGCUCUCCAGCGAGAUCGAGAGCCUCCUGAGUCAGGGCUACUCCUAUCAGGACAUUCAGAAAGCCUUGGUCAUUGCCCACAACAACAUUGAAAUGGCCAAAAACAUCCUCCGGGAAUUCGUUUCUAUUUCUUCUCCGGCCCACGUUGCCACCUAGCACACCCCCUCCGUGCUGCAGCUUAGAGGACCGAGGAGCCGGGAGCUCUCGCUCAAGUAGCACCCUAAAGGGCGGCUAGGUUCCUUUGGAAACUUCACAGUGAGGUCUUGCCCUGUCUGUGGGGUAUCACAUCUGUGGUUCCAAGAUUUCAAAGCAGUGGACUGGGGACGGAACAGCUAGGAGGCUUGAUUCUUUUCUUAAUGUUUUAAGAGUGCAUUUGAAGGUGUCCUUCAGUCCCCACUUGGAAAGAGUGUGGAUUUUUGUGAAAUGGUAGCCUACCUGGGGAGCAGUCCAGAAAGCAGAAGUACUGUGCUCUAAAUCCUAAUUGAGGACUUAAGACUUUCUUGGGUUAAGGAUAUGGUUCUAUGCGUUUUGUCUGUCUGUCUGUGGUUGUGUGUUAUAAGAUUAACCUGCUGUGUGUGUAAAUUCCAGGCGGGGAAUUAGCACAAGAGGUUUAGGAAGGAAUCUUAAAGACUCCCAUCUACUGUGGUUUUCUCCCCAACCCCAGCGUGUGUUACAACUCAAACACUCCCCUUUGGCUUGGAUUGUCGUGCGCAUAGCUGAAGUCUUGUAUUUUUAGAACGCCUCCCCACCCCCUGCUCUGUCUUCUCCCUGUCUCCUCCGCCCUCCUCCUCCUUAGAGUCUGUCAUUGGCAGUGGGCUUACUGUGAUCAGCCUUACUGACGCCAAGCAGCUUAUAGGAUGUUCUUUAUAAUGUGUGAUGGUGUUGGUUUGUUUGGUAGAUAGGUGGGAAAAAAAGUACUGUUGCUCUGUCAUUAUGGUCCUGUUUGAUACUUGCAGCGAACACUGGUCACUCCAAAGCACUGUUUCUAUAGGAACAUUGAAUCUGUUUUUAAAAAGAUGUUUUAAUUAUCGUAAUUACAUAAUGACUGAUACGAGAUAGAGGCCUUCAGAUACAUUCCAUGCUCUCCCCAGAAAGUAGUCUGCGGGAGUCAGUUGCCUUGGUGCCAGGUAUGUGUUCUAAUGUAGAUCAUGAGAUUUUCUACUUAAUGGGAAGGGGAAAACAUUUGUUUCUGGCAUGGCUUUCUGGCCCAAAUACCAUGAAGCACUUAGGAAGCUCCAUUCACACGCUCUAUACUUUGUUAUACAUAAAAUGCACUCAGCAGACAAUAAGGAUUUCUCUCUUCAGCUUUUCUUCCCAGUGAAUUUCAGCUUAUAUGGGUGUCUCCCUGUGAUGAUGAGCCAGGUUAUAUUUUCAGAGGUGAGUUUUUUUCUUUGCUCUUUAAGGAGUUGAGGGUAUCACUCCAGGGUAGCACAGCAUUCUGCUGACAGUUUGCACCAACCCUACACUGGUGCUGCCUGGCGACUCACUUUUCUCUUUGUGCCUAUGGCUUUGGGAAUGUAGCAUUUCCUUCUUCUUCCUCAUCCCCUUUCUUCUUCCCUUUAGCUCUCAGAUACUCUUUAGUGACUGCGUUCCCCACAGUCAUUAGACAUCACUGGUGUGAUCAAUGCCUUUACUGCACUCAGACAACAUUGACAAGCCCUACAGCUUGUGCCCUUGCCAGUUGGUAAAGAAGACUCAGAGUUCAUUGGUCUAUUCCUGUAGAUGCUGCCAGCUCGAGCCUUUUAACUGACUCCCUGGCAGUGGGUAACCUUCCUUCUGGUCAGAAACAAGCCUGCUCCUUGAUAAACCCACCUGCCUCACAAUCUAAAACCUGGUUUGUCUCACAAUCUAAACAGAAAUGACUUUGCAUCUAUUUUCUUUCCCAUGUUAUCAUAAUUGGACUUAAAGCUUUUUCUAACUCUUUUCUUGGCUUUCAGUUACUCCUAGAUCUUUUGUUUUUCUCCUCUUGCCUCCGAGCCAUUUACAUUCCCAGAGUGGAUGGUUUGGGGAUUCUUGCUGAAUUGCCGUGGUUACGCAUUGUCUUCUCUUUGUGGCAGAGAAUGACACAGCCCCCACCAGGUGCAGGAGGGCCUCAGUCAGGGUGGAAAGGCAGAGGAAAGUGACAGAGAGUAGGAAAGAGGAACCUAGUGUCUCCUGCUCAAAGCUGGUAUAGUGUUUCACUUGUGGUAGCAUUCAUUUUUGCACUUUGUUUAGAUGUGGAAGGCCUAGGUGAAGAACUAGAAAACAUGGCAGCAGCCUGCAUACCUCUGCCUGCUGGAGUUUUUCCUCAUCUGUAGAUACUACCUAUAGUCUGAAGAUCUGUCAAGAGAACAAAGCAGUGGUUCUGCAAAUCCUUUGUCUUUUCAAAGUGCAUGGAAAGUCUUCUUUGAAGAUUAUGUCCUUACUUAUAUACGCUAAAGGCAAGCUUAUCCUUUUUUUUUUUUCAUAAUGGUUCAUUGGGUCAUUCAGUACUCAACAGUUCAUUGAGUACCUGCGUGGUUCAUUGGGUCAGUCCUCAAACUCAGUGCUGAACAUAUGCACCAUUGCUUGGCCUGGUUCUUAGCUUGUCAGUUGUUUGUCUACGGGCACUCAGGGUCUCAGACCUUUCAGUGAGAGGUUCCUUUGGGUGCUCUGAGUUCAUGCCUGGGUCUGAGUCUGAGAUUGCCAGAUGAGCCUCAGGCAAGUUUUCUCAUGGCUCUUGUUUGAGGAUAUUUCCAAAACCAUAAUUUCUUAAAUUUUCCUUUGAGGCACCAGUCACCCAUUCUUCAUCCUCAGUUCAUGUGGCAGUUUUUAAUUCUUUGGUUCUGCUCUGAAUUUAACUAAAUUGCCCUUUUACAAGUGGGCUUUGAAUUUUGCCAUUUGGAGCAGUCACAUCCCCUUUCUCCCUCUAAGUUACAAAUGGUUCCCCCUCUGUUAGCUAUCAGGUAAGUAAGGUAAAAACCACUUUGCUGUUUCCCCUUUUCUCAAAUGCAUUAGGCUCUUCGGUUCAACCCUGCUUCCCCAUGUCUCCUUGGACUGCUUUCUGCAGCCCUCCUUGAUGCUGGCUGGCUGUUUCAUCCACUGCCCCUGCCAUACUCCUUCUGUUAAAGUCAGGGGUUCUCAAGGUGGGAAAAACCUGUGGGCUCAGUGAUAUACCUCCGUUUAGGUAAAUAAUAGAUUUGGCAGUCUAUUGUCUCAGCAUUUAUCUGUUAAUAUUUAUAUCAAUAAUGCUGUAUACCUGUGGGUGGCCAUUCUCUCCCCUAACUCUCUCUAUGCCCCCAACCCUGUUCUGCGUGUUGUGCCAUCCUGUUCUUUUGCUUCUCAUGCAGACUCUUCACACCAGGGCCCAGGGUGUAGUAUAGUACUGUUAGUAUCAUUUAGCUGUUUUGUGGAUUUAGAAGAAAAAUUGGGGGGGUUGCUAUUUCUCAUACUUAAAAUAUUUAUUUCCUCUUUAGAAAAGUAAAAUAUAUUUUAUGGUUCAAUCAGAAACCUCACACAUGAAUUUUUUAUAUUUGCUUGCAAAGUAGGGACCAGCUAUAUGUUCCCUUUAACAAGAUCUAGACCUUUUCCCAUGUGACCAGCAAUGGUGUUAGUGCAGAAUAUUCUCCUACCUCACGUCAUGAGAGGUAGAGGGUUACAGGCCCUCUUCCCAAACUGUAAAUCUCCCCUCUUGUUGUUGGCCUUUCUGACUCUGCAGUGACCACUGCCCAUGGAAUAAUGAUAUUCUGACCAUUGGCCCGGCUCUCAGAGUGUGUGUUCGUUCAGCAGGUGGUUAUGAGUGAAUACCAUGAGCCUCAAGUGCCAGCUCUUGUGUUCUCGCCUCCCACCGCAAGGCAGUUUACUGAUGUUGAGGAAUUGUACUUUGACUGUCUAGCAUGUGCAUUUGGUCCUAAAAUACCCAUUCCCAAUUCGAUUGUGCAGUUUAUAAUCACAGCUGUAUGCAGACAUACGUUUCCUUAUAGAGCUGUCCUGGUUAAGAAUCAGUUCAAGAUGCUCCCCUUAACCCCUGUUGUCUUCCUUUAGUUUUGACAAUGUCUGGGAGAUUCCUCCAUGUAAGUCUCAUGGAUUACCCACUAUUUUUAUGUGUUUAUAGUCUGUGUGAUGGGUCUGUUCAUUGGCUCAGAGUUGCACAGUAGGGCAGUCAAAUGUUUAAGGAAAGCAUCUGCCUACAGUCCCCUUUCCACUCUAGUGCCUUCCUUGAUCUUUUUACUCAGCUGCUUGUAUUCCUGUUCCCCUUUAUUAGGAAGUUUUCUUAUGACCCUUCUGGGACCUCUUACCAUCUCCCAUCCUGUGUGGAAUUGGUUUUCAAUCGUUCCACAACCUUCCUGCUAAUCCUGUGUCUCCUUAGAAGAGCCAAAGUUGUGAGAGGAGGAUGAGCGCCUGUCUCUGGGUCCUGAUUGUCCACCAGUUGUUUGGUCUCCCAAGAGCCAGGCAGUGAGGUAGACUAAAUUCAGUUCUCAAAAAUGUCAGCCUGUAUCUCUCCGAGUAUGGAGCUUAGAGACCCUGGAACUUAGUGUAAGAGUCAACACGUUAUUCUCCUCCUGGAUUUUCAUGCCCUAGAAAUUCUAUCUGAAGUAUUCUCAGCAUAAAGCAUUACUGUUACUUUGAUCUCAGUCUACAUUAGCAGCCUCAUGUUAGAAAUGCAUGUUGCCACUUAAUGCAUGGAGGAGGACGCAUAGUGGAAGAAGGUCAAGACUGUAUGUUUGACUAUCCUGUUGAGCAGUCCUUCGGAUACCAGAAACAAAAGAAUUCAAGCAGAAGAAAGGAGGGAGUCAUCAGGAUGCAGAGUAUCUCACAGAACCCAGCGAAGCAGUACAGUUGAUUCUGCAUGGAGCUGAGAAACUUUGCAACUCGAUCUUUCUCCUGCAGGUAAAUCUGUUUGUCAGUAAUGUGUAGCCGUGAAAUCAGUACCCUAGUCCUCAAGUCCUCAUGGCCCCCCAGUUCUAGGGAUCAUCACUUUAACAGAUACCCAGCUCCUCUUGUUCAUAUUCUCAAGGAAAACUGUCAUCAGCCCAGCAUAUUGAUCAGGUAUGGACACCCAACCAGUCCACCUUUGCCACACAGGGCGGCAGCCGCAGGUUAGUUCAGGUGGGAAGAAGGGGCAGUGGGAGGUUUUGACUGGAGGUGAGAGAGACCCUAAACCACUUUGGGUUGGCCAAAAAGUUCAAUCAGCUUUUGUGUAUGAUGUCAUGACAUGAAAACCCAAAUGCACUUUUUUGCCAAACCAAUACUUUCGUAGUAAAGUUUACCAUACUGCUUUCUUGAGAGGGGAAAGGCAGGCAUGGGACUGUGUCUGGGACAUUGAAGAAGCGCUUAGGUUAACGUUAACUUGGGUUACUGUCUUCACUGUUUAUUGCCUGUUUUUCUUUCCUUUAUGUGUCCUGGCAUCCAAGAUUUCUUACCUCUUUCUUCAAGACCCGUUUCUCCUUUUCCAGAGCUAGUCUGUUCUUGGGUGACAUUUCUUAGCCUUCAUUUAAUCUCAGGUUUCUGGCUGUCUUUCAGUUUCUUAAGAGAGCAGAUCACAAAUCCCCCGUCACCUCUGCCCGUGGCCUCAGUCCCUCCAUGUCCUCCUCCCCACCCUUUCAUCUAGUCUUUCCUCUGCAGUGAUGUCCUUAGGCAGGCCUUCCGUGGUACCUCAGAAACUACUUUGCAGUAAGAAUUUAUGACAUUGGGACAGUUGCCAGGAUGUGAAUUAGGUAUAGAUUCCAGUUGAGAGUUUCUACUGAGAGCUCUUUCGACAGGAUGCAUCUGUCCUUUCUGUCCGGUUGCUUCCUUUGUCGUCCUGUAGUAAAGCCUUUGUUUGUUGGUUUUUUAAAGCCGUGCUUCUGCUUGCCUGAAUCUUCUGACCUUAUGUCUCUCAUCCCGGACCCUGUCCCUUGUUAUUAAUGCAUUUCAUAAUUACUUACAACUUUUUUAAACUACUGGAGUUGUUUGAUGUACAUCAAAGUCGCCUAAUAAUCCAAAGAUGCACACUGAGGCCCGUGGUGAAGGCUGGGGCCUGUGUUUGAAAUUCCCUUCUAGGCUCCAGAAUUCAGGGGCAGAGGGACAGCAGUGCCACUUGCCUUCACCGAGUCCUAGGAAGUCUGGGUUGGUUUCAGAGGGGGAGCACCAAUGUUUCUUGUUUCCGGAAAGUAGCCCAGGAGUGAGUGGGGGAGUCGGGGUGGGGAGAGCCAGGCCUGCCUAGAGGCCCCCUGGCAGUCUUCUGGAGAGCACGGUGCCAAAGGGCCAGCUGUUGACUAACAGACUAACAACUGUUUGGAGAUCUCACUGCCCCUUCCCUUGUUCAGUUCUUGAGAAAAAUGUAGCCGACCACUCCCUGUGUGUGUAGACAGCGGAGGCUGAACGCCAACCUACUGAUCUGGCAGUGGAACAAAUCAGAGUUCUCAUCGCCCGGCCCCAGAUUCUUGUUCAGUCCCCAAAAUGUGAGAGGCGCCCUUCACAAAUCCUCCUUCUGCCCCUGGGUCACUUUGGGAGGCCAGGGGAGUCUGCUCGGUCCAGGCUGUCUGAGCCUCCCCAGGCCUGGCGCCCUGCUGGGCCCCCGCGUGGGGUGUGUGUGCGCCUGCACCCAGCGCUCCGACAUAGGUGCUAAUGUGCCCUGUGCAUCGGUUCCCUCCUCCCCGCCUCCCUCUGACCGAGCUUUGUGGCUGCGCUUAUGGCUGUCUGGAAGCUGGGGGGGACCACUUACCCGGCUGUAGACCCCGUGUAUUCUGUUCCUUGGUUUCCUCCUUCUGCUGUCAGGGUGAGUGAGCCUGCAGGCACCAGGCCCACAAGAGUGGAUGCCUCCCGACCUGCCCGUCUCAGCCUUGUUUUAGUGUCCUGGCCUUGGCCUCCUGCUGAAAUGUGUGGCAGGGGCGUGGCAGCUAGGAGGUACCUCCUCCCCCUGCUUUCUGGCUGUGGUGACUUGGUAUUUUUAACCUUAUAUAUCUUUUUGCUUUAUUCAAAACAAAACAAUUUUUAGCACAUUGAAAAAAAAAACCAAACAUUUUGUGCCUUUCUAAGGCAGCACUGUAUCCCAGGCUGCAUUUUAGGACUUAAUAUGGAAAUACCAGAGUCUUAGCUCCUCUACCUUGAGGGUCAUUAGUUCUCCAGUCUAGGGGAGAGGACGUGUCUCCGUGCGGCUGGGGAGGUGGCACCCAGGUGCAGCGGGUCGGCGGUCCCUUCUCCAGCCACAGUGCUGAGUUGGAAGAGAUGAGCAUUGUACCCCAGGAUCAUUUCAUUGGCUCCAGUCAGAAUCUUAGUUGUCAGGUUGGAUGUUCUGUAUUCAGCAGGAGACAGAAUGUUCCAUGACUGCCAGGUAUCCUCUGGACCGUUUCAAGUGACCCAGCCUCCCGAUCCUGUCAGUGACCCAACAGCAUUGAAUAGUGUAGAGUGGACUCCUGAGAAGAGGAGGUUGUUUGUCUUGUCUUUAUGCUGGAUCCUGAACUGGCCUAGACCUCCUGCCUCUCUCUUAAGACUUGGCUUUCCUUUCAUUUGAAAACUUCAGACGUAGAGCAUUAAGCAGAUAGUGCCUCUGCAGGGGCAAGUUUUCCCCUGGGCAGGGCGGCAAGGACCACAUACCGGAACAGAAGCCUGUCCUCAGUAUGGUGGCCACUGUAGGUUUCACCAACAAAAGUUUUCUGUAUAAUGACGUUUUACUUGUCUCUUUCCCUCUUCUCAGUUCUUCCUUGCCUUUAACUUAAUAAAGAAUUGGGAGAUAGAAACAGUUCUUUUUCAAAGUCCUCCUUAUUCAGGAUUUUGACAUUCUUGGCCUGGGUGGGGCUGGAGAGAACUUGAUGCUUUCUCCAGAAUGAAGAGUCCCAUUUGUAUAUCAGUGUUAAAAAUAAAACAAAAUGAAACCUUAGAUGAGAUUUUUGUGGACUAUUUUAAAAAUGUGUCAUUAAUAUAAAAAAAUUAUAUUAGCAGUAUUUAAUCAUUCUCACCUGUAAAGAAUAAAACAGAAGGUAAAUAUUCUUACAGAGAAUAGCAGAGCUUUAAGAGUCAUUUUCAUUUUAAGUCCAUUUUGUUUUGCCAAUGUAUUAAUGUUUAGAGGUUCUGUUAUACUAAUGUUAUUUAUUAAUUUUUUUUCACUUCCAUACACAGUUAACUAAAGAGCUUUUUCAGGCACCCAUGUCUGUAAAAAAUAUUUUUAAAUAAAGUUUCUUUUGUUGUAGCAGA